AUGAGACGGUUCAUCGCGCGGAGAGGCACCCCCUUUGAGAUCCUCUCUGACCAGGGGACUAACUUCCGAGGCGCAGAUAAGGAGCUGAAAGAGGCCUUUGCAGCGAUGGAGUCACAGUUGCAGGAGAGGCUCGAGAAAAAACAGAUUAAAUUCUGUUUUAACCCACCAGCAUCUCCCCACUUCGGGACUGGGAGCGAAGCCGUCACACUGCUGUGUCUGUUGACACAGAGGAGGAGACAGUCUGGUAGGAAAGAACAACUCCUUGUCCCUGCAGCAUUGAACAGACUCUCCAUGCAGAUUCACACAGAAUCCACAAAUUCUGUCAGGCUGGUGAAUGGGACCAGUGUGUGCUCAGGGAGAUUGGAGGUGAAGUAUGACCAGUCUAAGCAGAGCUGGUCCUCAGUGUGUGAAGAUGACUUUGACCAGCAGGAUGCAGAGGUGGUCUGCAGGGAGCUUGGCUGUGGGGCUCCUUCAGUCCUCCAGGGGGCGCUCUAUGGAGAAGGGGAGGCUCCAAUGUGGGCCAAAGAGUUCCAGUGUGGAGGAAAUGAGUCUGCUCUCCUGGACUGUAGAAGCUCAGGCUCAGAUAGAAACACCUGCUCACCUGGCAGAGCUGUUGGACUCACCUGCUCAGAACCUGUCAGGUUGGUGGGAGGAGACAGUCGCUGUGCAGGAACACUAGAGAUGAAACAUGAAGGAGAAUGGAGACCAGUGAUUGGCUUUGGCUCUAUCCUGAAGGUAGCAGCUGUUACCUGCAGAUAUCUGGACUGUGGUUCUGCUGUUUCUGUAAGAACAGAGGAGUACUCAGACAGAUAUGUGUGGGGGAUCAGCUCUGACUGUGUUCAGUCUGGAUCUCUGAGAGAGUGUGCAAAAUCAUCUUCCUCUUCCUUCAUCUAUAAAGUCAACUGCUCAGACUCUUUCAGGCUGGUGAAUGGGACAGGUGUGUGCUCAGGCAGACUGGAGGUGAAGUCUGACCAGUCUAACCAGAGCUGGUCCUCAGUGUGUGAAGAUGACUUUGACCAGCAGGAUGCAGAGGUGGUCUGCAGGGAGCUUGGCUGUGGGGCUCCUUCAGUCCUCCAGGGGGCACUCUAUGGAGAAGGGGAGGCUCCAAUGUGGACCAAAGAGUUCCAGUGUGGAGGAAAUGAGUCUGCUCUCCUGGACUGUAGAAGCUCAGGCUCAAAUAGAACCACCUGCUCACCUGGCAGAGCUGUUGGACUCACCUGCUCAGAACCUUUCAGGUUGGUGGGAGGAGACAGUCGCUGUGCAGGGACACUAGAGAUGAAACAUGAAGGAGAAUGGAGACCAGUGAUUGGCUUUGACCCUACCCUGAAAGUAGUAGCUUCUCUCUGCAGAUAUCUGGACUGUGGUUAUGCUGUUUGUAUAAGAAUAGAGGACUCCUCAGACAGAUCUGUGUGGCAGACCGACCCUUUCUGUGUUCACUCUGAAUCUCUGAGAGAGUGUGUAGCAUCAUCUUCCUCUUCCUCCAUCUGUAAUGUCACCUGCUCAGACUCUGUCAGGCUGGUGAAUGGGACCAGUGUGUGCUCAGGCAGACUGGAGGUGAAGUCCGACCAGUCUAAGCAGAGCUGGUCCUCAGUGUGUGAAGAUGACUUUGACCAGCAGGAUGCAGAGGUGGUCUGCAGGGAGCUUGGCUGUGGGGCUCCUUCAGUCCUCCAGGGGGCGCUCUAUGGAGGAGGGGAGGCUCCAAUGUGGACCAAAGAGUUCCAGUGUGGAGGAAAUGAGUCUGCUCUCCUGGACUGUAGAAGCUCAGGCUCAGAUAGAAACACCUACUCACCUGGCAGAGCUGUUGGACUCACCUGCUCAGAACCUGUCAGGUUGGUGGGAGAAGACAGUCGCUGUGCAGGAACACUGGAGCUGAAACAUGAAGGAGAAUGGAGAACAGUGUCUAGCGCUUUUUGGACCCUGAAGGAAACAGCCUCUAUAUGCAGAGAGCUGGACUGUGGUUCUGCUGUUUCUGUGAGAAGAGAGGACUCCUCAUACAGAUCUGUGUGGCAGACCAGCCCUGUCUGUGCUCUGUCUGAAUCUCUGAGAGAGUGUGUAGCAUCAUCUUUCCAUUCCUCCAUCUUUAAUGUCACCUGCUCAGACUCUGUCAGGCUGGUGAAUGGGAACAGUCUGUGCUCAGGCAGACUGGAGGUGAAGUCUGACCAGUCUAACCAGAGCUGGUCCUCAGUGUGUGAAGAUGACUUUGACCAGCAGGAUGCAGAGGUUGUCUGCAGGGAGCUUGGCUGUGGGGCUCCUUCAGUCCUCCAGGGGGCGCUCUAUGGAGAAGUGGAGGCUCCAAUGUGGACCAAAGAGUUCCAUUGUGGAGGAAAUGAGUCUGCUCUCCUGGACUGUAGAAGCUCAGGCUCAGAUAGAAACACCUGCUCACCUGGCAGAGCUGUUGGACUCACCUGCUCAGAACCUGUCAGGUUGGUGGGAGGAGACAGUCGCUGUGCAGGAACACUGGAGCUGAAACAUGAAGGAGAAUGGAGACCAGUGAGUAGCAAUGGCUGGACCCUGAAAGUAGCAGCUUCUCUCUGCAGAUAUCUGGACUGUGGUUCUGCUGUUUCUGUAAGAAGCGAGGAGUCCUCAGAGAGAUCUAUGUGGAUGAUCCAUUCUCACUGUGUUCAUUCUCGAUCACUGAGGGAGUGUGCACUCUCAACAUUUUACCCUCACGCCUUUGUGAAUCUCACCUGCUCAGACCUGCUGCUUCAGCCCAACAUCUCUGCAUCCUCCUCCAUGGACGGGGUCUCCAAGGCCCAGCAGCAGGGGCUUCGGGUGUUCAGGGGCUCCAACUUCACCGUCAGCUGCUCCAUCAAGCCACAGUACCCAGGAGGCUCCUUCCAGCUCCACUUCACCUCCUCCACCUCAGCACACACCUACACCCAGCCAGCUGGCCCGCCCACCAAGGAAGCUACAGCUGUGUUUAUCACGUCCAUGUUUUCUCUCAUAACUUCUCCUCUGAGAGCCGUCAGCUCUCUCUCACUGUUGUUGACCCACAGGGUCUACAGGGUGCAGAAGCCCCGCAGACGGGAGGACGUGGAGCUGGAUUAUUAUAACCUGGGUGUUCCUGCAGCAGAAGGAGCGCCGACUGAAGAAUUAGGAGCUCAGGGAGCAGAUUCAGAUCCUAUCAGGUUGGUGGGAGAAGACAGUCACUGUGCAGGAACACUGGAGCUGAAACAUAGAGGAGAAUUGAGACCAGUGGUUGGCUUUGACUGGACCCUGAUGGAAGCAGCUUCUCUCUGCAGAUAUCUGGACUGUGGUUCUGCUGUUUCUGUAAGAAGAGAGUCCUCAUACAGAUCGGUGUGGAGGAUCAGGUCUGACUGUGUUCAGUCUGGAUCUCCGAGAGAGUGUCUAGAAUCAACUUCCUCUUCCUCCAUCUAUAAAGUCAACUGCUCAGACUCUGUCAGGCUGGUGAAUGGGACCAGUGUGUGCUCAGGCAGACUGGAGGUGAAGUCUGACCAGUCUAAGCAGAGCUGGUCCUCAGUGUGUGAAGAUGACUUUGACCAGAAGGAUGCAGAGGUGGUCUGCAGGGAGCUUGGCUGUGGGGCUCCUUCAGUCCUCCAGGGGGCGCUCUAUGGAGAAGGGGAGGCUCCAAUGUGGACCAAAGAGUUCCAGUGUGGAGGAAAUGAAUCUGCUCUCCUGGACUGUAGAAGCUCAGGCUCAGAUAGAAACACCUGCUCACCUGGCAGAGCUGUUGGACUCACCUGCUCAGAACCUGUCAGGUUGGUGGGAGGAAACAGUCGCUGUGCAGGAACACUGGAGCUGAAACAUGAAGGAGAAUGGAGACCAGUGGAUAGCUAUGGCUGGACCCUGAAGGAAGCAGCAGCUGCCUGCAGAGAGCUGGACUGUGGUUCUGCUGUUUCUGUAAGAAGAGAGGAGUCCUCAUACAGAUCUGUGUGGUGGAUCAAGUCUCACUGUUUUCAGUCUGGAUCUCUGAGAGAGUGUGCAGCAUCAUCAUAUACCUCUCCUUCCUUCCAUCCUUCCUUUGUGAAUCUCACCUGCUCAGACCUGCUGCUUCAGCCCAACAUCUCUGCAUCCUCCUCCAUGGACGGGGUCUCAGAGGCCCAACAGCAGGGGCUUCGGGUGUUGCAGGGCUCCAACUUCACCGUCAGCUGCUCCAUCCAGCCACAGUACCCAGGAGGCUCCUUCCAGCUCCACUUCACCUCCUCCACCUCAGCACACACCUACACCCAGCCAGUUGUCAAUCACGCUGCCCACUUCCUGUUUCCUAACAACACCCAGCCAGCUGUCAAUCAGUAUGCCCAGUUCCUGUUUCCUGCUGCAGAGCCCGCCCACCAAGGAAGCUACAGCUGUGUUUACCACGUCCAUGUUUUCUCUCAUAACUUCUCCUCUGAGAGCCGUCAGCUCUCUCUCACUGUUGUAGAUCCGAGACCUUUUAUCAUCAGAUCGGUUGUCCUGCCGCUGAUUCUGCUGUUGGUGAUCAUUGUCUCUUACUUCUAUAUUAAGACCCACAGGGUCUACAGGGUGCAGAAGCCCCGCAGACGGGAGGACGUGGAGCUGGAUUAUUAUAACCUGGGUGUUCCUGCAACAGAAGGAGCGCCGACUGAAGAAUUAGGAGCUCAGGGAGCAAAGUAGCACCUCCAAGCAGCUCGUCUCACACCCACAUGGAUUUAUAUUCACAAGUUCCCUUCAAUAAUCAGGAUUCGUUACGUUACAUUAUGUUGAAAAGACCAAACCCACAGCAUGUCCCUGAGCCUAUCGGUUCCUACUGGAGAACUAAAAACACCUCACUAAAGUAAGAGGUGAGAGCAGGUCUA